AGGCUUACCGUUGCGUGACAUUUGGAUAACCGCACAAAUCUCUCGGACAAGUCUAGGAGUGCUUCACAGAAAAGACACCAACAUACUCCACAGGGAUAUCAAACCCCAGAAUGUUUUGAUAGGUGUUACCGCCAGGGCAAGAUUAGCGGAUUUUGGUAUAAGUCGACAAUUGACCACGGAACAAACAACUGUAAACACAAGAAGUGCCGGAACAAAAUGCUGGAUGGCCAGGGAAACUUUGGAUGAAGACAGCGAUAUCAGAUAUAAGCGGAGCACUGAUAUUCAGGUGGUUGGGAUGUUGACAUAUUACAUCCUCUCUGGUGGACACCACCCCUUUGGCAGAGGUCCUCGAUGUGAGAGCAACAUUCUGGAUGGGCAGUACAAUCUGGAUCACGUUGCAGAUGAGGUUGCAAAGGACCUCAUUGAGUGGAUGAUCAACGAAGACCCAAAAAAGAGACCUACUGUGGAGGAGACCUUGGAUCACCCGUACUUCUGGGACGAGGAGAGGAGAGUUGAGUACUUGAGAAGAAUUGGGAAUGAGAAGGAGGUCGGGAAGUAUAGUGAUGCUGACCCAAAACUUCUAGAAGCUCUGAAACAAAGUGCUAUGGAGAGAACCUUCUGCCAGUGGAAAUCCAAGCUGCCGUCUGAUUUGAUCAAAAAGAUGGAUGGCAGAAAGCCCUACCCUGAGAACAUGUUGGGGUUACUACGUUUCAUACGCAACCUCCAUGAGCACUAUGCUGAGGAUUUAGAAUCGGUUGACCUAAUGAAGAUGUUCCCUGAUCUCUUUGGAUGUGUCUACGUGUUGGCCAAGGAACGGGGCUGGAAUUCAAGGCCUGGUCUGAAAAACAUGUUUCAGAGAAAUUUAUGCUCAUGAUUCUGAAAUGUAAACUGUCUCAUUUUAAACUGAUGAAAUAUGAACUAAUGUCAUACUCAAGACUCUUUGUCAGUAGAGCCAGUGAUCUGUAUUAAGGACAUUUUAUAUUCUACAUUUUCACUGAUAGACCUAAUAUACAUAUGAUUUUUUACAAACCAAGAUUACAUGGUUGUAGCAUACCUAUCAUGGGGGAUUUGAAUGUAAAUUAUAACCUUGUGAAAUCUUCAUAAGACUAUUUGUUUACAUGUUUCAGUUUACUUAUUACACAAAGCAUUGAUAUGAUAGCAAUGACUUGUCAACUUUAUUGUUCAUACAGUAGUUUUUUUAAAGGUAUCUAGUAGGUUUUGUUCAGUGUUGUCCACUUUUUGGUAGACAUUGUGUAACGGAUGUCAGCCCGGCUAAAGCAUUACAGGAAGAACUUAUAUUGUCUCUUCCUCGUUCGUAGAGUGGGUACUGUGAGCUAAAGGCUGAAAGAGGAGAUUUCGCCUCUAGAACUCCAAGAGGUACUUACUUUUUGAGAAUAAGGUUUAUUUUUUUUAGGCUGUACAGUGCACGAAAUGUUGCUCUUUUCAAAAUAAAGAUCAUGGCAAAUUACUGGUA